AUGGAGGCAUUGACUGGGCCUAUUGGAUUCUCAUUACGGGGCAUGCAGCCAGGUGGACUACAGAGGGAUGUUGCCCACGGCUCAGGAGCAGCAGGAGAGGAACAUUUAGAGCAGGUGAACGUGCCUGAAGACUGGAGUAAGGCCAUCUUCACGGGGUACAAGCACGGUCAGAGGAACCAGAGCGAGCACACAUCUCUGCUGAAGCUCGAGGGCUUCUACACACAAGACAAAGUCGACUUCUACCUGGACACAAGCUGCAACUGCGUCUAUAAGGCCAAAAAGAACACAGUGACCCCUGGUGACAAACCCAAUAAGACUUGUGUGAUUUGGGGCAGAGUGAUGCGAGCCCAUGGCAGCAGUGGGAUGGUGCGCGCCAAGUUCAACAUGAACCUCCACGCCAAGGCCAUCGGGCACCGUGUCAGAGUGAUGUUGAACCCGACACAAGUCUGA